AUGGCCAAUGCCAGCAGCAGUAAUGAUGCCGCCAAUCGGCUUGCCGGCCUCCUUGGCCCAGUCUACGGCAGCCUUGAUGGCAUUGGUGACACUUUGCGUGAUGUUAAUAUCGCAAUGCAAGAAUUUCAUAGAAGUUCCAAGUUCUGUGGCCGCAGAGGCGCCGAGAUCGCUGUUGGUGUCGAUAACGGCAGCAUUGCCUCCGUUAAGGAUGACCAUGUUGACGCAACCGCGACCAAUUCCGGAGGCGCUGUAAUUUGGGGCGAGAUACAUGCCGGAAAUCCGGCGUUCAGCGCCCCAUCACCCAACGAUAUCAUUGCUCAGGAGCAGGAUAUCGGCGGAGCGGAUCGAUCAAAGAACCCGGCCCAGCAUUCCAUGCAAGGUCCGCUCCGCAAGCAAGGUUUGUCAGUUCCAGAAUGA